UUUAUUUAUUUUGAGUUUGCAUCAAUAUUAUUGUCUUCCUUCUUCGGAAGGAAGUAAGCCUUUUCUUUCUCUCUUUCCUUUUACACCUCAAAUCCAUAUUUUUCGUUAAUGUUGUGGGAUCAUAGGCCAUCUGUCACUGUUCUCGUCAGACUGCGGAGUUGUGAUUUUGCAAAAGGAAGCAGGAGAAGCGAUUUGAUUUCUGAAGGAGAGGAGUAAAGGGGCUGGACCAGAAACAUUAGCUGGAGAUCGAGGGAUUUGUGAUCCACUUUCGGGUUUAAAUUUCCGAUUUUAUUAGAGUUUAGACGAGGACUGAAGAGUGCCUUGGUGGCCAUUUUCGUCAUUUUGCUCCGAUCUACUCUGAAGCGGUUUCGGUUGGUUUGUUGGAUUCGUUUCCGGAGAGUAAAAAUGUGGUGGAUGAUGGGAGAAGGAGGCGGUCACUACUGUUCCAAAAAGACUGAUGAUAUCUGCGGCGAUGUUUGUGGUCAGGAAUCGAGCCGUGUUUUGAGCAUGUCAAGACUUCGUUGCAUUCUACGUGGUGUAGACUUGAAAACUUAUAUGUUCUUGUUUGUGCUUGUUCCGACUUGUGUCUUUGGCAUCUACUUGCAUGGGCAGAAAAUCUCGUACUUCCUGCGGCCACUUUGGGAAUCACCACCUAAACCAUUCCAUGAUAUCCCGCACUAUUAUCAUGAGAAUGUGUCAAUGGAGAAUCUCUGCAAACUCCAUGGUUGGGGCAUCCGUGAGUACCCAAGACGUGUUUACGAUGCAGUGCUUUUCAGUAAUGAAUUGGAUAUUCUUACUAUUCGGUGGAAAGAAUUAUACCCGUAUAUAACACAAUUUGUUCUGCUUGAGUCAAAUUCAACCUUUACCGGGUUGCCAAAGCCUCUUGUUUUUGCUAGCCAUCGGGAUGAAUUCAAGUUCAUUGAAUCUCGGUUAACAUAUGGGACUAUUGGAGGAAGAUUUAGGAAAGGAGAAAACCCAUUUUAUGAGGAGGCAUAUCAGCGAGUAGCCCUGGACCAGCUUCUUAGAAUAGCAGGUAUUACAGACGAUGACUUGUUGAUUAUGUCCGAUGUUGACGAGAUACCAAGCAGACAUACUAUCAAUCUCUUGAGAUGGUGUGACAACAUACCUCCUAUCCUUCAUCUUCGGCUGAAGAACUACCUAUACUCCUUUGAGUUUCUUGUUGAUAAUAACAGCUGGAGGGCUUCAGUGCAUAGGUAUCAGACGGGUAAAACAAGGUAUGCACACUAUCGCCAGUCAGAUGACAUCUUGGCAGAUGCAGGGUGGCACUGUAGCUUUUGCUUCCGAUAUAUCAAUGAGUUUGUAUUUAAGAUGAAAGCUUACAGUCAUUAUGAUAGAGUAAGGUUCUCUCACUAUUUGAACCCUAAGAGAGUUCAAAGAGUAAUUUGCAAGGGGGCUGAUUUAUUUGAUAUGCUACCGGAGGAGUACACAUUUAAGGAGAUUAUCGGGAAGAUGGGACCAAUUCCUCAUUCCUUCUCAGCUGUUCAUCUUCCAUCUUAUCUACUAGAAAAUGCUGAGAAGUAUAAAUUUCUGUUGCCUGGAAAUUGCUUAAGGGAAAGUGGGUGAUCUUAUCUCUUCAGUGACUUGAGAUGCUUGUUCUUAUAAAAGGACAUUUGGGAGCUGCUGCACGUGAGGCAGGAAGGAUCCGAAAGAGGAAGAUUGAUGUGUUUGGUAUCGCCGAGAACAGCAGUGGGAUUGUCCAGCUAAAUUGAUACAAUUCUUUGGGAGAUUUCUGCAGAAUUUAACAAUCUCUUGAAAAUUUUAGGGUGAGAUUUUUGUAUAUAAUUAUUUUUCUGUUCUUUUGGGAUUUGGGCGUAGUUUGGUGGAGUUGUUGUUCCCUUCAUUUACUGAUCAGGUUGCUGCAGGGUGCGUGCGUAUUCCAUAGCAUUUGGUGUUACAUAAUUCCCCAAAUACACCAAAAAACCAGUUGGAGAUUCCUAUGAUUUCCCAUGUUUGGGAAGUUUUGUUUAAACGAGAUUUAUUUUAUACAUAUUUUCAGCUUUAGCUCCUUACCUUGUAGAAGAUAAAUCUUAUUGGUUUUUAGAUGUUCAUCAUGGCGUGUAUAUUCUGUCAUGUUUUACAUAGAAUUUAGCAGAAACAAAAGAUUGUGAUGGGUACCAAUCAAUUGGUUGAAUCAAACCCUGUGUCCGUCAGGAAUCUUUGCCUAA